AUGGGUACAAAUAUGUCAACUUCAACUAUUAAAAGCCAUAAUAAAUACUUUUGUAACAAAAAGUCACCUUAUUAUGAUCCAGAAAUUUAUGAGUUGCUGUGUAACAAUGCUGAAAAAUGUGAACUAAACAUUUCUCAGAAAGCAUUAACUCUUCUUCCGAGAGAUUUAUUUCAUGGCCUCGAGAAUCUUCAGCUUAAAAAAUUAGAUAUAAGUGGUAACAAGCUAACGGAACUACCAAAAGAUAUCUUCAAUCCUCUUGAUGAUCUUCGUGAGUUAGGAAUAGCAUCUAACGAACUAAGAUAUCUAGAGCCAAGUAUUUUCUAUGAUUUAUUACAACUCAAAGAACUUGAUCUCAGCAACAACAAACUGAUAGCAUUAUCAAAAGAUAUAUUUAAUGGUCUACAAAAUCUACAAAAACUAUGGUUAGAUUCAAACAAACUGAGUUAUCUUGAGCUAGGUUCAAAUGAACUACAAAAUCUCGAAUCAGGGUGCUUUAAUGCUUUAUCACGACUUGAAGGACUUAAUAUCAAAAACAACGAACUGACAACAUUAUCCAAAGGUGUGUUUGAUGGUCUUCAAAAUCUUGAGACACUAAAUUUGGAAUCAAACAAUCUACAAUAUCUCGAGCCAGGGUGCUUCAAUGGUUUAAGGCUACUCAAGACACUUAUUAUCAGCGACAACAGUCUGACAACAUUAUCCAAAGGUGUGUUUGAUGGUCUUGAAAACCUUGAGAAACUAUAUUUGGAUACAAACAAUCUGCAGAAUCUCAGGUCAGGGUGCUUUAAUGGUUUAUCACGACUUAGAAAUCUUGAUAUCAGCAAGAACUCUCUGACAACAUUAUCCGAAGGUUCGAAUGAACUACAAAAUCUCGAGUCAGGUUUCUUCGAUGGUUUAUCACGACUUGAACGACUUAAUAUCAAUAACAACCGUCUGACAACAUUAUCCAAAGGUGUGUUUGAUGGUCUUCAAAAUCUUGACGAAAUAUAUUUGGAUUCAAACAAUCUACAAUAUCUCGAGCCAGGGUGCUUCAAUGGUUUAAGGCUACUCAAGACACUUAUUAUCAGCGACAACAGUCUGACAACAUUAUCCAAAGGUGUGUUUGAUGGUCUUCAAAAUAUUGAAACACUAUAUUUGACUAUAAACAAUCUGCAGAAUCUCGAGUUAGGUUGUUUCGAUGGUUUAUCACAACUUAUGCUGCUUAGUAUCGAAAACAACAGUCUGACAACAUUAUCCAAAGGUGUGUUUGAUGGUCUUGAAAAUGUUGAAGCACUAAAUUUGGAUUCAAACAAUCUGCACAAUCUCGAGUUAGGUUGUUUCGAUGGUUUAUCACAACUUAUGGAGCUUAGUAUCAAAAACAACGAACUGGCAACAUUAUCCAAAGGUGUGUUUGAUGGUCUUCAAAAUCUUGAGAACCUAUAUUUGUAUUCAAACAAACUACAAAAUCUCGAGUCAGGUUGUUUCGAUGGUUUAACAAAACUCAAGCAGCUUAGUAUCACAAACAACAGUCUGACAACAUUAUCCAAAAGUGUGUUGGAUGGUCUUAAAAAUCUUGACGAAAUAUAUUUGGAUUCAAACAAACUACAAAAUCUCGAGUCAGGUUGUUUCGAUGGUUUAACAAAACUCAAGCAGCUUAGUAUCACAAACAACAGUCUGACAACAUUAUCCAAAGGUGUGUUUGAUGGUCUUGAAAACCUUGAGAAACUAUAUUUGGAUUCAAACAAUCUGCAGAAUCUCGAGUCAGGUCGUUUCGAUGAUUUAUCUAAACUCAAGUCGCUUUUUAUCACAAACAACAGUCUGGCAACUUUAUCCAAAGGUGUCUUUGAUGGUCUUCAAAAUCUUGAGUUACUACAUUUGGAUUCAAACAGACUACAGAAUCUCGAGUCAGGUUCGUUCGAUGGUUUAUCGAAACUUAAGUCGCUUAGUAUCAAACACAACCAUCUGACAACAUUAUCCAAAUGUGUGUUGGAUGGUCUUAAAAAUCUUAACGAAAUAUAUUUGGAUGCAAACCAACUACAAAAUCUCGAGUCAGGUUGGUUCGAUGGUUUAUCUAAACUCGAGUCGCUUGGUAUCAGAAACAACAGUCUGACAACAUUAUCCAAAGGUGUGUUUGAUGGUCUUGACAACCUUGAGAAACUAUAUUUGGAUUCAAACAAUCUGCAGAAUCUCGAGUCAGGUUCGUUCGAUGGUUUAUCGAAACUUAAGUCGCUUAGUAUCAAACACAACCAUCUGACAAUAUUAUCCAAAUGUGUGUUGGAUGGUCUUAAAAAUCUUAACGAAAUAUAUUUGGAUGCAAACCAACUACAAAAUCUCGAGUCAGGUUGGUUCGAUGGUUUAUCUAAACUCGAGUCGCUUAGUAUCAGAAACAGCGGUCUGACAACAUUAUCCAAAGGUGUGUUUGAUGGUCUUGAAUAUCUUGUUACACUAAAUUUGGAUUCAAACAAAGUACAAAAUCUCGAGUCAGGUUGUUUCGAUGGUUUAACAAAACUCAAGCAGCUUAAUAUCACAAACAACAGUCUGACAACAUUAUCCAAAGGUGUGUUUGAUGGUCUUGAAAACCUUGAGAUACUAUAUUUGGGUUUUAACAAUCUACAAUAUCUCGAGUCAGGUUGUUUCGAUGGUUUAACAAAACUCAAGCGAUUUAGUAUCAAAAAGAACAGUCUGACAACAUUAUCCACAUGUGUGUUGGAUGGUCUUAAAAAUCUUAACGAAAUAUAUUUGGAUGCAAACAAACUACAAAAUCUCGAGUCAGGUUGUUUCGAUGGUUUAACAAAACUCAAGCGAUUUAGUAUCAAAAAGAACAGUCUGACAACAUUAUCCAAAGGUGUGUUUGAUGGUCUUCAAAAUCUUGACGAAAUAUAUUUUGAUUCAAACGAACUACAAAGUCUCGAGUCAGGUUGUUUCGAUGGUUUAACAAAACUCAAGCAGCUUAGUAUCACAAACAACAGUCUGACAACAUUAUCCAAAGGUGUGUUUGAUGGUCUUGACAACCUUGAGAAACUAUAUUUGGAUUCAAACAAUCUGCAGAAUCUCGAGUCAGGUCGUUUCGAUGGUUUAUCUAAACUCAAGUCGCUUUUUAUCACAAACAACAGUCUGGCAACUUUAUCCAAAGGUGUCUUUGAUGGUCUUCAAAAUCUUGAGUUACUACAUUUGGAUUCAAACAGACUACAGAAUCUCGAGUCAGGUUCGUUCGAUGGUUUAUCGAAACUUAAGUCGCUCAAUAUCGAUAACAACAGUCUGACAACAUUAUCCAAAAGUGUGUUUGAUGGUCUUCAAAAUCUUGAAUCACUAUAUUUGGAUUCAAACAAUCUACAAUAUCUCGAGCCAGGGUGCUUCAAUGGUUUAUCACAACUUAAUCUGCUCAAUAUCACAAACAACAAUCUGACAACAUCGUCCAAAGGUGUGUUUGAUGGUCUUGACAACCUUGAGAAACUAUAUUUGCAUUCAAACAAUCUGCAGAAUCUCGAGUCAGGUUGUUUCGAUGGUUUAUCGGAACUUAAGUGGCUUAUUAUCACAAACUACAGUCUGACAACAUUAUCCAAAGGUGUGUUUGAUGGUCUUGACAACCUUGAGAAACUAUGUUUGCAUUCAAACAAUCUGCAGAAUCUCGAGUCAGGUUGUUUCGAUGGUUUAACAAAACUCAAGCAGCUUAGUAUCAAAAAGAACAGUCUGACAACAUUAUCCAAAGGUGUGUUUGAUGGUCUUCAAAAUCUUGACGAAAUAUGUUUGGAUUCAAACAAACUACAAAAUCUCGAGUCAGGUUGUUUCGAUGGUUUAACAAAACUCAAGCAGCUUAGUAUCACAAACAACAGUCUGACAACAUUAUCUAAAGCGAAAAAAAAUCAAUUUGGUGAUCAUGUAUGGGUUUAUGAAAUGAGAUCUGCACUAAUGUCAGCACAUGAUUGUAACAUUGUUUGUGUUGAUUGGAGCUUAGGAAGUGCAAUACCAAAUUAUGUUAGAGCAGCAGCAAACACAAGACUUGUUGGACGUCAAUUGGCAAAAUUAAUUAGAGGAUUAAAUGUACCACUUGAAAGAGUUCAUUUAAUUGGUUUUAGUCUUGGUGCACAUGUUGCUGGUUUUGCUGGUGCUGAACUUGGAAAUGUUUCACGUAUAACAGGUCUUGAUCCAGCUGGUCCAUUAUUUGAAUCACAAGAUCCACGUGCACGUCUUGAUGAAACAGAUGCACAAUUUGUUGAUGUUAUACAUAGUAAUGGUGAACAAUUAAUACUUGGUGGUCUUGGUUCAUGGCAACCAAUGGGUGAUGUUGAUUUUUAUCCAAAUGGUGGUCGUAUGCAAACUGGAUGUUCAAAUUUAUUUGUCGGUGCUGUAUCUGAUUUUAUAUGGUCUGGAUCAAUUGAGGGACGUUCACUUUGCAAUCAUAGACGUGCAUAUAAAUUAUUUACUGAUUCAGUUAGUCCAAAAUGUCGUUUUCCAGCAUUUCCAUGUGAAAAAGGAUAUGAUGGUUUAUUACAAGGUGAUUGUUUUCCAUGUGGUAUUGAUAGACCAUGUGGUGAUAUGGGUUAUUAUUCUGAUGUAUCAACAGCAAGAGGACAAUUGUAUCUUGUUACUAGAGAAGAAGAACCAUUUUGUGCUCAUCAAUAUCAAAUUAAAUUAUUUAAUAAUCGUGGUGAAAGACCAGCAAGAAGUUAUGGUAAAUUACAAGUAACACUUGUUGGUAAUGGUGGUUUUAAUGAAACAUUUACGAUGACUAAAAAAGAUGAUGAAGAGCUACUUGUUGGUGCAAUUCUACAUAAAAUGGUUGUACCACAUCCAGUUGUUGUUGAUUUAGAAGCAAUUGAAGUAAAAUAUACAGCAUACAGUGGAUGGAUUUCGUCAGGUUUAGUUAGUUGGAGCAUUGAUAAAGUAUCAAUUCUUGAUAGCUAUGGUAAAAGUUUAUCAGUAUGUCGUCGUGGAUUAAUUCUUGAAUCUGGUCAUCCAGUAUAUUUACCACUUUAUCCAAGUGAAUGUACAAUACCAAUUGAAAUUGACAAUCAAACAUUAUCAACAAAUACAAAUUUAACAAAUUCAUUUGUAGCAAAUAAUAAUAUUAAUAAUAAAAAUGAUGAAUUUAAAUUGACUGGUAUUGGACCAUUUGUUAAAAGUCAAAAUUAUGAUAAUAACAAUGGAUUUAUUGAUACAAUACAAAAUGAACAUAAACGUCCAAUUAAAAAUUUUGGUCCAUAUACAAAAGAACAAAAUAUUAGAUUUUUUAAUGAUGAAAAAAUUAAUGAUAAUAAUAAUGCUGAUGGUAAUAAUAAUAAUGAUAAUAAUAAAAAUGAAAAUGAUAAAAAAGAUAGUUCAAUAAUAUGGUCAUUUGUUGAUAUAAAUAAUAAUAAAAAUGAUAAUGAUAAAAAUUUAUUGGAAAAUUUAGAAAUUGAAAGUGGACGUGGUUUUUCUGGUGGUAGUUAUGUACAUACAACAUCAAUAAAUCCAAUAAAAUUAAUUGAUACAACAACUGUAUUAUUAACAAGUGAAAUACAAGAACCUGUAUUACAAUUUAAUAAUAAAAAAGAAACAUCAAGAUCAAUGAAACUUGGUGAAAUAACAGAGCCAUUGCUACGUCCACGUUCAAUAAGACAAAAUACAAAUGAAGGAUCAAUUGAUGAUGUAAAAAUUAUAAUUAAUGAUACUAUUGAAAAGACAAUGUUACAACAAAAUAAUGACACAGUUUUGCAAGGUUUUACUGUGCAAUUUUUGCCAGAAAGAUUAGCUGGUAUAUUGGCACAAGCUGAAAAAUAUGCAAGGCAAAAAUUAUUGCCACUUAUAUCACAAUAUACACCGAGUUUUAUUAGUAAUUCAAGACAGGAUAGGCAAAGGUAUUUUCCAUCAUUGAGUGAUGCUAAUGAUAACUAUGAUAUGAGCAAAUUUAAUCAGAAUAAUAAAAGUUCAUUGGCUAAACAUGUUGAAGGAAAUAAAAAUACAGUAUUGGAAAAAAAUAAUUGGAUACCAAUUAAUGGUACGAUGUUGAAGUACUCGAGUAUUGAAAAUUCAACAAGUUCAUACAUGUUGACUGAUAAUACUGAGGGUAAAUGGAUCACGAAAUUGAAUGAUGAUAAUAAAAAAGUUGAGGAGAAGGAUAAUGAUUGGAUGCCAAUUGUUGAUAAAAUUGAAGCGAAUAAAUUGAAUGAUAAAAUUGAUAAUAAUGGGAGUGUUGUUAUUGAAAAUUCAAGUGUUGAAAGUAUAUCAAUUGAUAAUAAUUUACCAAGUACAACAACAGUUGUUAGUAGUAAAAUCAUUGAUAAGAAAUUCAUUCCAGUUGGUAGAGUUAAUGAAAAUAAUGAUAAAAAAUCAACGGAUUAUGUUGGAGAUAAAAAAAUUAAUGAUAUUGAAAGAGGAACACUGAGAUCAAUGAUAUUUCCAUUUCAUUAUUCUGGAAAAAAUGAUCCACGAACGAAAUAUAUUCCUCUACUUCCUGAAGAAGAAAUAGGACGUCGAAAUUAUUUUCAAGAACGAGAACGUUAAAAUUCAACACAAAAAAACAUAAAAUCCAUGACAAAAAAAAUUAUAUUUUUUUUUUACAAG